AUGUACAAUCGUCGCAACAAAUUUGACCCGUUAUGGAAUUCACUAGUAAUUGGUGGAGUAAAGAAUGGACACAAGUAUAUUGGCUCUGUUAGCAUGAUUGGUGUACACUUUGAAGACAAUCAUGUUGCCACUGGUUUUGGUAAUCAUCUUGCAAGGCCAAUUCUUCGUGAGGAAUGGAGGGAUGAUUUGAGUUUUGAGGAGGGUGUCAAAUUAUUGGAAAAAUGCAUGCGCAACCUUCUAUAUCGUGAUAGGUCAGUUGUCAACAAGAUUCAGAUAGCAAAGAUCACAGAUGAAGGGUUGACCAUUUCCGAGCCUUACUCUUUGAAGACUUUAUUUUGGGGCUUUUCAGAAUCCAAUAGUUUGUGCUGA